AUGCUUUCAUCUUCACCUGGUGAAUUCCAAAGCUGUGAGGAACUUCUUACCUAUAUCCGAACUUUUGCUAAAAAUGUAAAAAUUAUUUCACCAUGGAACAACAUUGGGUUGAAUUCAUGA